UGUGCUGAGAUGGUAGGUCCCCCCAUCUGUUCGUUACUUGUGAAAUUUAGAUUGGAGCAGAUUGUGCUCUCCGGGUAGCAAUGGCAAUAGACUUGAUGCAACUUUAUUUCAUCUAGAGCAAUCAAAGAAAGCAAAGUACAAAGCAGUUUUCUAAUGUAAGGAAUAAGUGUAUACAUUGCAGCUUUCUUUGGAAAAUGUCCCAGGAAUGUUUAGUUUCUGUUGAAGAAAUCCGUUCUUGGUGGGAAGUACCCGCCAUAGCGCACUUCUGCUCCCUGUUCAGGACUGCUUUCAAUUUACCAGACUUUGAAAUUGAGGAACUUGAAGACGCGCUUCACAACCAGGACAUUGACUUUCUGUUUGAUCUCAUCUCUUGUCUUCUUCAGGGCUGCUAUCAGCGCACAGAUAUCACGUACGCGACGUUCCAGCGGUACUUGGAAGACAUCAUCAGUUACCGAUGGGAGCUGGAGGAAGGGAAGCCCAACCCCCUGAAGCAGGCUGUGUUCCAGGAGCUGCCCCUCCGCACCCAGGUGGAGCUCCUUCACCGGCUCUGCGACUACAGACUGGACGCUGCCGACGUCUUUGAUCUGUUAAAGGGCCUGGAUGCUGACAGCUUGCGGGUGGAGCCUUUGGGAGAAGAUGGUGAUGGUGCCCUCUACUGGUAUUUCUACGGAACACGCAUGUACAAGGAGCAGCCGUCGAAAGGGAAGGGGAGGAUAGCACAGAGUGAAGAUGCUGAAGUUGAAGAAAAGCCAGUCAAACGAAGGGGAAGACCACCAAAAAAACAAAAGUUACAAGCUAAAAGACUGAGCGAGUUGGUGAGUGAACACAAACAAGAGAAUGGCACUGGAGGCUUGCAGACAGAUGCUGCAGAGUGCGAGCGAGGGGCCUGGUCGCUGGCCUGUGCCACGGAGGAGGAGUGGCAGAGCCUGGCAGAGAGCAUAAAAGAGAAACCUUCUUCUAAAGACAGGCAGCUCUACAAACUGAUCAGUGAAAACUUCCUCCCGGAAAUCAGCAGCAUGAUUGUGUACAAGGAGAAGCAGCGCCAGGAGAGGCUGUCUCAGACGACCCCCGUAAGGAGUUCAGAGCGGCUGGUUGUCAAGCGCAUCUUACUGGAGGAGGAGGAGACCAUGGUGGCCAUCGCGGAGGUGGAGGAGCAGAAGCGCAGGGACGAGGAGCUGGAUCGGCAGCUGGUGCUGGCAGUCCAGAGGAGAGAGCAGGAGAAGCUGCAGGAGGAGGAGAGGAGGCAGGAGAUGGAGGAGAAAGUCAAGGCUGUUGAAGAGCGUGCGAGGAGAAGGAAGAUGAGAGAGGAGAAGGCCUGGUUACUGUCCCAGGGGAAGGAGCUGCCCCCAGAGCUACUCAAUCUGGAUCCCCACUCGCCUGUCAGGAGAGCAAGGAGAACCCGAGACAUAUUGGAGCUGGAUGAGGAUUACACAGCUCUGUACAAAGUUUUAGAUGCUCUGAAGGCACACAGAGACUCCUGGCCCUUUAUGGAACCUGUGGAUGAAUCCUACGCCCCGAAUUACAAUGAGAUCAUUGAGACUCCAAUGGACCUGUCCACCAUUGAAAAGAAGCUCAACGAAGGCCUGUAUAUCUCUAAGGAGGUGUUUGUGACGGAUGUGAAGAUCAUGUUUGAAAACUGCCAGGAAUACAACGGAGAAGACAGUGAGUACACGAAGAUGGCGGAGGCCCUGGAGGGCUGCUUCAACAAGGCCCUGCUGAAGCACUUUCCCUCGGAGGAGGCGGACACGGACGAUGAGUUCAGGGUGCGCUCGGAGGAGCGGGACAGGAAGGAGCGCCGGAGGAGCCGUCUGCAGCGCCAGGGGGGCCUAGAGACCCUCCCCAAGGUGACGGACCAGGCCCUCCGCAGAAAGAAACCCCCCGGCAAACCCCAGGACCAUCGCCUCACUCCUCCCCCUCCGCUUGCUCCCGCCUGGAUGAACGGGCCGGUGAACAACCAGGGCUUCCCCCACACCCUGCCCUACCCCGGGGGCACGUCCACAGUGCAGGCAGCCUCGCCCAUUUACCGGCCGCCACACACAAUGCAGAGACCCACGGCCCCAGGAAUGUUCAGACCUCGUCUCGGUCUGGAUCUGCGCUUCCCAUUCCACCCUCAGAGGCUGCCGGAGCCCGGGCACCAGCGACUACCUCAGCACUUUCCCAUACAGCCCUCUCCAGGAAUUAACGAGCCCCGUGCACCCAGGCUAACGGGACCCGAAUUCAAGCAGCAGCAGCCGCCUUAUGUUGGCCCAACCCAUGGGCCCUCGCUGGGCCCCCGUCCUACUGCACUGCAGUCAGGGGGCCUGUGCACCCCUCCUCCGGAGGCCAGCAUGUACCCCUCCCAGCAGUACCAGCAUGGCUACAUCCCGCUCCAGCCUGAAGGCAUGCUCAGACACCCUGGAGGAGUUGCUCCUUCCAAUGCUGUCCCGCCUGGCCCCGUGUAUGCCCGUUUCCAACACCCAAAUGGCGCCCAGCCGCCCAUGUGGUCAGGAAUGAACGGCGUGCCCCAAGAGAGACCGACAGCCCCUGCGGGAGGAGGGGAGCCCAAUCCCAGCGGUGUACCCCAAAUUCAAAUCCCGCCUCAACAACACUCCUUCAACCCCAUGAUGGACCCCAGUGUGAUCCGGCCGCCGAAGCAGUGGCCAGACCAGCAGCCCGGCUACCUACCUCACAGCAGCCAGCCUGGGGAUUACUACAGACUUGCGGCUGGGGUCAGCCCUCAGGGACCCAACCCUUCGAGGAUGCUGCCUCAGCCAGCUUCCUACCUGAGACCCUCCGCUCCUCCUCCUGCUCCUCAGGAGCACAGGGUGCACUUGGGCUCCAUGCUGGACAGCCCCGAAAUGAUUGCCCUGCAGCAGCUGUCUGCUUCCUCCCAGCCCCUAGGGGGUCCCCCUCUACUACCAAUCCCACAGCACCCAGGGACCUUCCAGCAGCCGCAUCGGGGUCACCCAGCCCAGCCGCAGGCUCCCCCGCCCGAAAUACAGCAGCUGAAACCAGCUAGAGAGAUCCUGGUUGAGGCACCUGUCUCCGAAGAUGCGUUCAUAAAAGGAAUACCACCAAGUGAGCCCAAAUUUGCUGACCCCAUCCAGAACCCCAGAGCUGGUCCUGUUCCUAUGGAAAUGGACAGGAAGGCUCCCAUGUGUCCUGAAGAACCCCCCCAAACGCUGAACCCCUCUGCUCCUGAGGGGGGCAGUGAACCCCAGAAUAGCCUUCGAGAGCCAGUACAGAACCAAGCAAGACUGCGAGAUGGCGUCGCCCAGGAGGGAAGAGAGACUGAAGAGAGAAAGAGCGAGGGAGCAGCAGACCAGCCAAGCAUGAACAAGAACAAAGCAGAUCAUACCAGUGACUCCACUGCUAAAACAGAGAAACUGGAACCUGCCUCUGGAAGCCAGAAGCAUGCAGCGGCCAACUGUGCCCCUAAACGUCCUGGGAACGCAGGGAUCAUGUAUCCUAACGGAGAUGUCAAAGAUCAAGGCUUGAAUGUUCCAGGAGAAAGUCAAGUGAUGGGCAACAGAGGACCAGGGCCUCAGAACUCUGCAGCUUUGCCCUACGGACAUAUCCAGGAGAAUGUGUCCCAAGGCCAGUAUAACCUCAGCAGUCCCAGGCAUGGCAUGUAUGGCAUGCCAAUGGGUCAGCCAGUGCAGGUUCCCAAUCGACAGCCAUUCCCUGGUCAGAGUGUCUCUCAGAAUCUACCUCCUCAGCGUGGUCCGGCAGCCUAUCCCCAGUUCCACCACCAGGGGGCUGCCUACCCUUACCACAUGGCUUCUCAGAACCAAGGCUCCCCCAACAUGUUCCACCAGUACCACCAGCCCCAUUACUACCCACACCCCCAGGGCAGCAGCGGGGGCGGCUUCCCAGCUGAAGACUGGCGGGGACCUCCCUACCACCCUCGCCACCCCAUGCCUCAAACAGCUUACAUGCCUGCCCCCAACACAAAUGGGAACGGGCGACUACGAGAGAACAGCAUCUCUCCACAUGGCUCUGAGAGUUCAACAGGCAGCCUUGUCUCCCCGAACCUGAUACCAGAAGGAACAAGAAGCAGCUCUGUGGAGAACAGGGAUCUAGCAAGUCCCAUGAAACCAAGUGAUUUGGGAGACCAGCAGGACAGGCCAGAGAGCCCCAAAGAGAUCCUGGAUCUGGACAGCCAUAAUGCAGCUGCUAGGAGACGUAGCGGCCAACCCCCUGCCCCUGGGUUCAUGUACGACCCUCGCACAAUGCAUCCUGGGAUGGUUGGCAGUGGUGGUGGUCCUCCACGCAUGAUGGCACAUCCGUCGUCUUACGCCCCCCGUCCAUUUACCCACAGUCCAUACACGGCACAGAGGCCACACCACCCUAUGAUGCACGCCAUGCACCACCCUGGCCAUGUGGCCUUUCCCCAGGGGCAGCCCAGAAUGCCUAUGUACGGGCACUCGGAUGAAAGAAUGGGCCACUUCCAAGGCAUGAUGAUUCAGCAAAGAGCAAUGGGGCCAAUGCAAGAGCAAUACCUACACUCUGGCAGACAAUCGACUACAAGUUCAUCAGUCAUCCUUUCUGAAAAAAGGAGCUCAACCAGUAAGCAAGGGGUCUGAGCAGAGCAGACCUUUGAAUCGUUACUGAGCAGAGACAAGGUGAUGAAGAGGAUAUGGGGUUGAGUGCCUCGCUCUCCUACCGUCCAGCCUUGGCAGCUGUGUGGUCGGGUUAAAGCAUUGUGUGACGUCUCACGUUCGUGUCUCUCAUCUUAUACCAGAAGUUGUUUUUAUUGUCAAAAGUAUUAGUGUUAGGCUUUUUGAAACAGGGGUGGACUAUUGGGAGGAAAAAACUAAAGAUUUGAAGUGCCUAAAAUGGCAAAUCUGAUGACGAAUGAUACUAGUUCAUUGUGCCAACUUACCAUUUGCAUUUCCAGAAUCCUCUUUUAAUGUGUCGAGUUCAGUGACAGACAUGUCGUGAAGAAUACAUUUAAUUAAGAAACCCGAUAUUUCAUACCUCUACCAAGUCGCUCGUAUGCAAGUGUCUACCUGCAAUUCUUACUGAUUUUUCACGUCUUUCUAUGGCCCUAAGUUAACACUGAGAAAUGAAAUAAAACAAUGCAUUAAAACAAGGUCCAGAAAUAAGAAGCAAGUCAGCUAGCCCAUCCAACCCAAACCGGAUCUCCCUCCCCCUGUUCACAAAGCUGCUGUCUGAUCUGGUUCUGUUAGGUGUGAAUUUCCUUUCCUGGCUGGGGAAAAUAAGAAGAUUGUUACUACAACACUUUUGCAAACGUUAAUCUCAGGUGUAUUUAAAAAAGGUACUUUUUUUUUUAAACUGUAGAAAUGUUCAUGUGGUUCAGAAACCAGUUAACAGAAUUACAGUUGCCUUUUUUUUCUUUUGAAUGUACUUUGUAAAUAGCUAGAUUGUGUAGCAAUACUUCAUGAAAUAAGCACUGUAAUAAAAUGUAAAAAAAUACAUUUCAGUUCAUUUUGUUUGGAUCAUCCAGUAUACCUGUCCGUAAAGAAUUCUGAACCCUGUUUAAAAGUGGUUAACUAACCAGAUAUCAAUUCCAGAUCAGUGCAUUCAUGGAAUGCAUGAUUAUUAAUGAAAAUGUAUGAAAAUGCCAUCUUGAGCUCUCAGAUCUUUUGACAAAGCUGCGCCUUUUUACUGGCAGGUGAAACAUUGCAUCCUGCUUUUCAUCCCCUAAGGAGCUAGUGUCUUAAUGACAUUUUUUUUUCUUUUGUGUUUUCUACUCUUUCCUUAAUCGUUAAUCGUUCUGAGGGAUUCUUACUGCAAUUACAUGCUUUUUGAUAGCUCUGUGUUAAAGUGCUUUAGCUAUGAGUUCUGGAGCUGAUCUGCAGUUCCAGUUGCCUGCCGUAGCCAUACGGAAUGUAGACCUGAUCAACCAGAAAUAACCUAAAGGAAUGGCUCUUCCAUGUGAUCUAGCCUAUGUUAUAUGUGUAUAUGUGGCAGGCAACUAGGAAGUGACGAGCAGCUCCCUAAUCCUGACAAAGUGAACCUAACAGAGUGCAUGACCACUCAGAGUGAUUGCAGACAUCAAGGGGAUGUUAUACCAAAAUAGAAAUUUGAAGCUACUUACCUACUAUAAUUUCCCUAUUCAUUUUGCCCUUAAUUUGUGUAGCCCAAUGAAUGUAAACAAAGCUCUCUCUCUCUCUCUCUCUCUCUCUCUCUCUCUCUCUCUCUCUCUCUCUCUCUCUCUCUCUCUCUCUCUCUCUGAGUGCUUGUUAAUGGAUUUUUCCAGCAGAAAGUCACGUCUCACUUAUAGAAACAAUAAUGUGCUCCUAAAUCUACACAGUGCAGCUGUAUUUCCUACAGAUAAGGUGACACGUUUAUUAGCUAUAGGUGCCACACAUAGUCUUAUUAUCCAGAUGUAAACAUUUACUUCUUUAUAAAUGUAAUAUGCUAAAUGUAGGAGAAGGGGCUUGUUUGUUCUUUCUUUACUGGAUAGAUAAAUAGACAGGAUUUUAAAUAACUGGGAUAGCUUCGGAACUAGUGUUUUGCUUUGGUACAGCAUGGGGGUUCAACGCUAGUAGCUGCUUACGUCUCCUAUAGCAUAGUUGCUCCUUUCACCUUUUCAUCAGCAGCAUAUGGAGGUCUGUGUUCAAAGGAGGCUGCCUGUACAGUUCAGUCAGUUGCAGAUGGACACCAGCACCAAGUUUGGGAAGUUUUAAUAAUAGGAUAAUUAAAGUGAUUAGAGUAUUCAGUGGUUUAUAAUAACAGUUUCAAUGACAGUGGAUCAGACACAACACCAACCCCCCCCCCCCCCAAGCAGUUAGCAGGAUUGCUCAGGGUGUAAAGCACAGGUUUUAUUACGGGUAUUUUUUUAUUUUUUUUUUAAAUAGUUAUUUACAAACAAUAAUGUUUACAAGAAACACAUCUUCCCUUCGGUGGUGAAAAUUAACCCCCAAUCCUGCACCUUUUAAAAACAAACAAGUAUUGUACAGUGCUUCCUCACUAUUUUAUAGUUUGAUGAUUUAUGAAUGCGGUUAAUUCACUGAUAGCUAAUUGUCCUGUACUAUAUAUUUUACUGUAAGAGCUCUUCACUCAUUAACUGUUAUAAGUCUUUUCUCUUGUGUGAGGUGGAUAGCAGAUUGAAGAUGGAGCACUGUGUACCGGUAAAUUUAAACUUUUGUUGUAAAUUGUACCUUUUUAAUAGGAAUUUCGACUCUCCCUUUGUCCAGCAGCUCCCUCUACAGUGAAAGUAGUGAAACUGCAGCCUAACAUCCAGACCUCUAGGCUGCUUACAGCUUCUAUGGGUUUCUUGUUCUGACUGAUGAUCCCAUUGAAGUUAAUUGAUGCUUUUGUUUUGUAUGUAUUAAAAUGCUUGGAGGACUACGAUCUGGUGCAGCAACGAGCAUUUUGGGUUUCUUCUGUUUUUGUGUCUUAUUUAUAUGUGUUGUAUUGUGUAAACUACUGUACUGUUUGUCAAGGUCUUUCCAGUAUGUGUGUGUAAUGUAUAUAAUCACACACAGUAGUGUGUGUAAGAAUAUACACUUUUAGAAAUGAAUUGUUUGCUAUUGUACUAGAGACCUACACAGGCUACUAUAUCGUUGUUCAGCAGUUUUUAGUAUCUAUGGGUGUACAGUUUUUGUUUUGGCUGCUAAGUGAUUGCUGUUAUCACAGCCUCCAUUAGGCUUUUGUAUUGUCCGUUUUUUUUUUUUGUUUGUUUUUUUAAACUGUCAUCUUAACUUGUUAUGACUGCAAUUCUGAUUACAGUGAUUCAUAUAGUUGUUUUUUUUCUGUGUAAUGUGUUUUGACAAUGAGUUGUUCCUAUCCAGUUGCCUGCAGACCUCUUUUGUAGGUUACCUAAGUGAAGUGUCUUUGUAAUAGUAAGCUCUAGCCCCCGCAAAAGGAAACUUGAUCCAACGUGGACGAUCACCAGGUGGCGCUGGCUCUUACUUCUAUAGACACGCUUUGGCUGCUGUAGCCUGGGUUUCAUAUCUCUAUGGCAGGAAAUUAGAAAUGAAGAGCAGCUCAUGAACUCCAGUGAAAGCACCUUAACACAGACAUGUCAAAAAAAUCUGAAACGCGGUGUUUGAGAAAUGAAAAUAAGAACCACUCGGAAUGAUCGCAAACAUCACAAGUAUUGGGACAGUAGUAGUAAAAAAAUAAUAAUAAUAAAAAAAAAAACACUAAGAAAACGACAUUUGAAAUGACUUGCUAAUGUCGCUUGCUCAUUUUUUUUCAAAUCAGUUUUGUAAAGCCUGCACCUAUUGAUGGCAGCAUUUAAACUCUACCUCAGAAUUAUGACUCUCAAUAAUUCAAAAUGUCAAUACAUAAAUCUGUGACACUGCUGCUGAAAAGUAUAGUAAGGGAGGGGUUGUAGAAAAAAAAACCUUGCCUUUACCAUUUUAGUCAUUUUGUGACAAAGGGAGAAAGAGAUUUUUUUUAUUUUGUUUGUUUUGGACUGGGGGGGGGGGGGGGGGGUGGCACAAUAUAGUAUUUAUUAUUGUACUGUUUUCUGGUUGUAAUAGGCCAAGGUCCCCUGAAUGAGUGGGAUUGGUGCCCUAUUUAAAUGUAUUGACUGGUAGAAUUGAGCAAGUCUCGCUCCCAAAACAGUAGGUCCAAUAAAUAUGAGUGAACAAAUUGCAUAUUUUGGCACAAUGAACCAGACUUGUAGAGACAGGAGUGAGCUGGGCUUUGCUGGAAACAGAGCAGAAUUGUUACUCCAGUUUAAAAUUUGUAGCAAAAAACCUUUCUGUAUGUUUUGCUGCAACAGCUCCCUUUGUAUAACAGAUCUUGUUGUGAUGCUUGUAAUUAAGUCUCUCUUUUUAUUUUUAUUCUGUCAGUGCUGGUAAGUGUAACUAAAUGAUCUGUAUAGAAUCUUGGUGGUUUAAGGUUUCUGAGUCCUCCUAGUCUUAACCAAAUUUAAGACCUUACAAUAACAGUUUCCACUUUUAGUCUGCACCAGCAAGGGGAAUUUAUCAAACUUGACAGAAAAGUUGGAAAUGUAAUCAAAUUGUACGCCAUCAAUAGCCAUCCGUUACUAUAGGUUGCUGUGAUAGGUAAUGUAUGCCAUGACGUCUUCCUUCUAAAUUGAACAGCCCUUGGGCUUUUUUUUAAAAAGCCUGUCUAGGAUGACAGGCAGGACUGCCACCGUUUGAGAAAUUAUGCCCCCUGGUGUCACCUGUUUCCCCGCUACUCCUUUUUUGAAUAGUGACGUUUUUUUAUCUGCUGCCUUUGUCUGCACUAGUGGGGAAAAAAAGUAUUACACUCUGGUAAAUAGACUGGAAUAAAUGUGAAACCUAUUUAUUGGUGUGUUUUAUAUCUUGUAUAUUAGAUUUUUUUUUAAUAUAAUAAAUGUGCCCUCUGAUUAUUGAAAUAACAGCUGACACUUACCUCAGUAGUAUGGUACAAGAAUUAUUAGGUUUUUUUUGUUUUGUUUUUUUUCUUCAUGUGAAGUUUACAUAAGUUGAUACCUGACUGACAUAGAUUAUUUUCGAAAUGAACUGAACUAUUUUCAAUACUGUACAUUCUUAGAAUAAAUGUUUUUUGAAAA